AUGCGACCCACCAAGGCUCUUUUUGUACUAUUCGGCGCAUCCAGCGCAUCGGCUGCCACCAUUCGGCGACAGGCUGACGGUAUUGAUUUCGGCAAAUGCACGCCAACAAUGGAUUUUCAACUGGGCCGCACUGGGCGCAAGCCGGAUCAAGGCACCUUCUUACCAACUGACCCUCUCGUAGCCAAGGAUCAACAAGACGCGCUGAAUCCAAACAUUAUCACGAACCGAAUUUGCGAUCAGCUCACCAACGUAUGUGAGGCGACUCAGGCUGCAAAAGACCAGUGUCAGCAGGCUAAGGCUCAGGUCUCUGCGGCAGGCGUCAAAGAUGCUUCUGCUGCGACCAUGUUCAACAGUGCCAUGGGUUUCUAG